AUGUGCUAUUCGGCUCCAUCGCCCGCAGUACGCUUAUCUCAAGCCUCCCCUUCAUUGGCAGUAGCUUCCAGUGAAAAGAGCUCUAAGACAUCGAAACUCGAAGCUCUCCCUGAAGAAAUAUAUGCUAUGAUCUGGGGCGAGACUAUCGAUACCGUCGAGGGUCAAAAUGUCCUAGUUAGAUGCCGGUCAAUCGGUAAUAGCUUUGAAACAUACAGCGAUGAACCGAAGUUCAACGGAUUCGGCGUCUCCCGCAAGUCUCGGGAGUGGACAAAGAGCCAAUACAAUGUCGCCUACCUCGCGGAGCUCAGAGGCUAUACCGGACCGCUCACGCCUCUCGAAAAUCUGUGGCUCAAUCCAACGUGCGAUCGCUUUUGUCCUGUGAUGGAACACGAAUGGACACCAGAGGCCUUUGCAGUUGCAUGUGAGGUGAUGAGGGUAAUUAAAGUCUCUCGCAUUGCCGUCAGCGACUGCUCGCACUCGACCGGCAGCCUUAAAAGUCCUUGGACUUCAUUCUACUGCAUAUCCAACGUCGAAAACUGGAGCUUGAGCUACAGAGAGAUCUUCAUGUACACGACCAAGCACAACUUAGAUGCACAUCAAGAAGCGAAGUUUGUACCAUGGUCGACUGUAAAGAUUGACCUUAAUUUCCUCCAGCAGCAAUGUAGGGGAAUGCAAUUGUUCAAGGCAAGAUCUACCUUCAAGAUAAUUAAGGCCGCCGAGAAGGCACAAGCUAGGGCAGAUGAGAUCGCAAGGUCAAAGCAGGAGAAGAGAAUCAAGGUGGACGGAACACCUACUUGGCUAUUUGAAAAUGGGAUGAAGGGCUGUGAGCUAGAGCCGAAGAUGAUAGUUGAAGUUAGAUCACUUGAUAUUUGGAGUGGGUCCCUUAUAGAAAACAGUUCCGAAGAUGAGAGUGAGAAGGAUGAGGACUCAAAGGUGGAUGAGAGCGAGGAAGACGAGAAUAGCGGUGAUGAUGUGACAAAUUGA